AUGAGAAAUGAAAGGUUUAUACAAGUUAAGAAAAUAGGUUCAGGAACAUAUGCAACUGUCUAUGAAGCAUAUGAUAGAGAACUCUGUAAGUCUGUAGCUAUAAAAAGAAGUUUUAUAAAAAAGAAUGAGGGUAUUCCAUCUACUACGAUGAGAGAAAUAGCCAUUUUGAAGCUUUUAAAUCACGAGAAUAUUAUUUCACUACUAAAUGUGAUUAUUAAUCAUGAAUCAGUAAUAAUUGUAUUAGAAUAUGUUCAUUAUGAUCUGGUAGACUGUCUAACUAACAAGACACUACAAUUUGAUAAAUACAGUUUAAUAUUACAACUAAUUAGAGGAGUUAAUUACAUGCAUUCCAAUAGAAUAAUUCAUAGAGAUCUAAAACCUUCUAAUAUUUUAAUUUCCAAAACAGGAAAAUUAAAAAUUACAGACUUUGGACUAUCUAGAUAUAUAGGAGUAUUUGAUCAUGAAUAUUCCCCAGAGGUAAUUACUCUCUGGUAUAGACCACCCGAAUUACUUAUGAACACUACACAGUACUCAUAUGAAGUAGAUGUAUGGAGUAUUGGAUGUAUACUUUAUGAAAUAAUAACCGAACAUCCCUUAUUACCAGGACAAUCUAAAGAAGAACAGUUACUUCUCUGUUCAAAUAUAAAUUUUGAUAAAAUUAACACAAUACUAAUAAACCAUAACACACCCUCAAGUAUAAUACAAAUAAUAUUUAAGUCUCUUGAUUAUCAACCUCAUAAGAGAAUAGUGACUGAAGAAAUGUUACGUUUAUUAGAAUUUUAA